AAAACCCUCCGAAAACAAGUCGAACGAAGGAGAGAAAAAGGGAGAAAAACCGAUAAAAAACGAGAGAAAUAGAAGUGAAGCGAUUACUUUCCAACUUAAAAAGGCGUCAGGAACGUUUCCUUUAGUAUUUCCAAGCGUUUUGAUAAGUGAUUGAUGUGAAAUAUGGCUUCGUUGGAGAGCAAAAGGUUAGCUCCUCUCGUGCUUAGGAUAAGGAAACCAGUUUCCUAUCAGAUGGACCUAGAUGAAGGUAUUGAUGACGAUUUUGCAGACUUCACACCACCAUCAAAGAAAAGCAAAAUUGAUAAAGAAGGGAGUGAGGAUUAUCAGAAGGAAAAGAACAAAGACUCCAGUAAGAAGGAGAAGAGAGAGAGCAGAGAGGAGAGAGAGAGAAGACACAAGGAGAGGAAGGACAAGAAGAAGGAUAAGCACAGGGACAGGAGCAGAGAAAGAGAGAAAAACAAAGACAGGCACGAGAGCAGCAAGGAGCGCCGUGAAUCCCGCGAAAGAAGUAAAGAGAGACACAGUAGUAAAGAGAAGGAUAAAAGUAGGGACAAGCACAGAGACAGAGCGAGGAGAAAGGAUUCGGAAGAGAGGAGCGGCAGAGAGAGGCGAAGUUCCAAGGAAGAUGGAGAGGGAAAGAGAAAGGAAGAGAAAGAUGGAGCCGAGUCCACAGAGAAAGGAAGCAGUGACAAGAAAGAUCGGUUGCCUAGUGCUCCAAACCAGGACAGUGUUCCCAUGACGUCGACUCAGAACUCUCCGCGAAGAAUAAACCCUAAACCUAGAUUGACUUUGGAAGAAAAAAUAUUCCAGAGGGAACUGGAAGCUGCUCUUGCAAUUUCAAAAAUAGAAACUGUAGGAAGUCCUCCAUCAGAAGAAAAACCACAACAAGCUGAUAAACCACAAGAGGACAAUCAAACCAAGCAGAAUGAAGACAAAACUGAAACUACACCAUCUGAGCAUAGUUCUAUCUUGCCCACUGCAGUCACAGCCAAAGAGAACCACAGUCUUCCCGUAGAAGAGAACACAGAUAGCGAAAUCAAGAAAGAAGACGUGAUCAUUGCUGAAGAGAGGGGGCCGUCACCAAGCACUGAAACAGAUGCCAAGCAAGAUCAGGCAUCUGCGGCACCAGAGGAUUCAAAUUCCUCGGCAGCACCAAAGGAGGAGGAACCAAAGCUUACGAAGUCAAGCCAAGAAGAACCAGAACCUGCAAAGUCUAACAAAGAGGCAGAGUCAGUGCCUACAAAGUCUAACAAAGAGGCAGAGUCAGUGCCUCCAAAGUUUAACAAAGAGGCAGAGUCAGUGCCUACAAAGUUUAACAAAGAGGCAGAGUCAGUGCCUACAAAGUCUAACAAAGAGGCAGAGUCAGUGCCUACAAAGUCUAACAAAGAGGCAGAAUCAGUGCCUACAAAGUCUAACAAAGAGGCAGAGUCAGUCCCUACCAAGGCCAGUGUAGAGGCGGUGCAAAAGUCUACGAAGUCCAGGAAAGCAGCAGAGCCAAAACCUGCGAAGUCCUAUAAAGAAGAGGAGCCAAUGCCUGGAACAUCCUGGGGCCUUACUAGCAAAAGACCAAGAAAAACUGUUGUCUUUAAGGAAGAUAGCGAUUCAGACAGCUUUGAUGGCUUUGACGAUGCUGAAGCCUCAGAUUUCUCGGAGGAAAGCGACUUUGCCCCAAGCCCAAAGAAGAAGGCCAAGAAGGGAAAAGAGAAGAAAGAAAAGCCACCUAAGAAAAAGGCGUCUAAACCAUCGACCAACACAAAAGCCAAAGACAGAAAUCCUCCUCCGGAACCCUCUCUCCCUAAAACACUGCCAGCUGCUAAAAGUUCACCACCCAAAACUAAAGCUACGGACAGAGUUCCUUCCGUGGUGUCCUCCCUUCCAAAAAUGCCAGCAGCAGCAGCAGCAACAGUUUCCUCCGCCAAGAGAACGCCAGUUUCUGAAACCAAAGAAAACACGGCACCUCGGAUACAACCUCCAGCUGUGUCAAAGGCUAAAUCUAGUAUACCUCCUAACAGAACUGUUAAUAAUGCUAGUAAAGUAAAAGUUUCACAAACAACAGCUUCCAGAGAGACAGCUAGUUCUUCACCCAGCUCAGGAGGUAUUACAAAAUCUGCGGGACUUGCUAGAUCACAGUUCAAAAGUCCGGUACUUAAUGGCCCAGGGAUUUCGUCAGGAAACUCACCCACCUCGGGAAGACCCAUUGGUUUGCGUCUCGGCCUCUCUAGGAGGGCGAAUUUCAAGCCUUUACACCCAAACAUGUCUGCAAAGGAUUAAGGAAGAUUAUCAAAUUGAUGCUCUUUUAAAUGUACAUCUAAUUCUAUAUAUUUUUUAUUGUGAAAGUAUGAGGUUUAUAGUGUAAAUAUAUUUGUGACCUUUCUAUAUAAUUGUAAGAUAUUGCUCUUGUUAUUGCUUUCUCUGUAGGAAGUGAGAUAUAUUUGCUAAUUUAUGUAAAUAUACCUUAUUUAAAAUUC